AUGACUGCUCUCCGGGACCCGAAGGGAACAACCAGUGCAUCGAGAAGGGGAAUGGAGAUAACCAUCUACGACUUCUACUCUGAUCUCUUCGACAGCCAUGUCCACUUGCCUCUUCACCAUCUGAGAGAAGACGGACAUGUCAUUCCAGAGGUUCUUCCGUCCGAAAUACGACGUGCUAUCAUGUCGGUAAGAAAUCGUACGGCACCCGGUCCCGACGGAAUAAGACCAGAACACCUGAAGAGCCUUCCGCCAGUACUCACCAACACCCUGGCGAGGCUCUUUACACGUUAUCUGUCGGAAUGCAAGGUUCCUAAACAGUGGAAGACCAGCAAGACCGUGUUGUUGUAUAAAAAGGGAGAUCCACAUGAAAUUGGCAACUAUCGUCCAAUCUGCUUAUUGUCCGUCAUCUACAAGCUCUUUACAAGAGUGGUCCUUAAUAGGAUUGAAAAAGUCUUGGAUGAAGGACAGCCAUGCGAGCAAGCAGGGUUUCGAAGAGGAUUCAGCACGAUUGACCACAUUCAUACUGUUUCAAAACUCAUCGAGGUAUCACGAGAGUAUAAGAUGUCGCUCUGUCUCAUCUUCAUCGACUUGAAGAAGGUUUUUGAUUCGGUUGAGAUGGAAGCGGUCGUAGAAGCCUUGGACAACCAAGGCUUCCCUAUUCAGUACAUAAAGGUACUUCGAGAGUUGUGCAGCAACUUCACGACCGGGAUUUCGCCAUUCUACAAGAACAUCAUCAUUGACGUGAAGAGGGGGGUCCGACAGGGUGAUACAAUCUCACCCAAAAUAUUCACAGUCACUUUCGAGAACGCAAUGCGAAAGUUGGAAUGGGACGACAUGGGAGUGAAGGUUGAUGUUCGGCAGCUACACCAUUUGCGCUUUGCUGAUGACAUCGUACUGGUAACACCUAGCAUCAGCCAAGCGGAACGAAUGCUGACCGAAUUCGACGAAACAUGUGGAUGCAUCGGUCUUCAGCUGAAUCCAGACAAAACGAUGUUCAUGCGGAACGGAUGGGUCUCGGAUGCCCCAUUCACGCUCAACGGAACGAACAUAUCCGAAUGCACCAGCUACGUUUAUCUGGGUCAGGAAUUGAACAUGAUGAAAGACCUGACCCCCGAGCUGGGCAGGAGGAUACGAGCGGCUUGGGGAGCGUAUAAGAGCAUCGAGGAUGUAGUGAAGAAGACCAGGAACACCCGGCUCCGUGCUCACCUCUUCAACACCACUUUACUUCCUGCUUUGACCUAUGCUUCGGAAACCUGGGCGUUUCGCAAGCAGGAAGUUAACGCGGUGAGCGUCAUUGAACGCGCAAUUGAGAAGACCGCCGACCCGAUGGUCAGAUUUCUUCACGAAGGCCUUCAAAGAAAAUUAUGGUGCUCUUCGUGUCCCACGCGAAAGGAGGAACCACUGGACUACUCUGGCACGCGAUCGGGACAAAUGGAAGAAUUACUGGCGCCCGCUCGACCAGUUCGAAGAUCAACGGGAGUCAAGAUGAUUGAAUUUUUGGUUUCUGAGCAGUUGGAAGGUUCGACUAUCAAUGAACCUCAACGCUUGAAGCUUGAAGCUACUAAAAUCCGACCAGUCCAGCAGUAA